AUGCCUCCAGCCUACGAGAUCGCGCCCGCUCCAGGUGCUUCAUUUUUCACCCAUGCCCAGGUUCCCGUCGCCGGUACAGCGCCGGCUUCUGUCCAGAAGAAGGCCCUCCCGAAGCUAUUCCAGCCUAUCAAGAUCCGCGGAGUCGAAUUCCAGAACCGCCUCUGGGUCUCCCCAAUGGUGAUGAUGUCCGCCACCGCCGACGGCGAGAUGACGCCCUUCCACAGCGCGAUGCUCGGCGCCAAGUUCAUCCACGGCCCCGGCCUGACCUUCAUCGAGGGCACCCUCGUCUCGCCCGAGGGCCGAGGCACUCCGCACGACCUCGGGCUCUGGUCGGACGCGCACAUCGCCGGGUUCCGCGCCCUCGUCGACUUCGCGCACAGCCAGGGCCAAAAGAUCGGCGCCCAGCUCGCGCACUGCGGCCGCAAGGGCUCGCAGGCGCCGUUCUGGCACGCCGCGCACGAGCUCAUCCCGCCCGCGCGCGGCGGGUGGACGGACGAGUUCGUCGCGCCCUCGGCGCUCGCCUACGACCCGGGCCACGGCGGGGAGCGCGCGGUCCCGCACGCGCUCACCGUGCCGGAGAUCAAGGAGGUGGUGCGGACGUGGGCGGCGGCGGCGCGGCGCGCGGUCGCGGCGGGGGUCGACGUCGUCGAGGUCCACGCCGCGCACGGGUUCUUGCUGCACGGCUUCAUGAGCCCGGUGGCGAACGCGCGCACGGACGAGUACGGCGGGAGCUUCGAGAACCGGGUGCGGCUGCUCCUCGAGGUCGUGGACGCCAUCCGCGCGGUCAUUCCGGAGGCCAUGCCGCUGUUUGUGAGGGUGUCUGCGACGGACUGGCUCGAGGAGGUGCUCCCGGAAAAGAUGUCGUGGACGGUCGAGGACACCGUCCGCCUCGCGAAGCUUCUGCCUGACCACGGCGUGGACGUCCUCGACGUGUCGUCUGGCGGUAUGGACCACCGCCAGAAGAUCGAGGUGGUGAGCGCCGCCUACCAGGCGCACUUCUCGGAGGCGGUGAAGAAGGCCGUUGGCGACCGUCUCUUCGUCACUGCGGUCGGAGGGAUCAGGGAUGGGCACAUUGCGGAGGACGUGCUCCAGAAGGGCCAGGCGGACGCGGUGAUGGUCGGGACGGCGUCGUUGAAGAAUCCGGCGUUCGUUCUUGAGUUUGCGGAGCAGCUGGGCGUCGAGGUGAAGCCGCCGCACCAGGUAGACUGGGUCCUGUACGGGCGCGGAAGCAUGUGGAGGUGGAAGGAUUGA